CCGGGUUUUUUCAGAACCCAGUGGCUCUGAACGUAAACAAAGAUUUAGACAUGGUCUGCUCCUGACGACAGUUUUUCAAUCGGUAUGAAGAAUUUUAAGCUUCUGCUGCAUGGAAAGAAUUUCAGCGAAGAGACUCUCUUGAUAAGUUCUAAAGAUUACCCAACUCUUCGUAUUGGUGAUAUCGUUGAAAUAAAUUCUACUGAUGUCAUUUGCAGCCCUCUUUUGUUAGAAGUUACAUCAUUUUGCAAUGAUAUGCAACAGAAAGGUUGUAUUAGCAUUGAUCAAUCAAUAGCAAAUAAUUUUCAAUUAAAACACUAUAGUGAAGUUACUGUUAAAGUCAUUGAGAAUUUAAAAGAUGUUUCUUUGGAUUCAGUGGAACUUACAUUCAAAGAUCAGUAUCUGGCUCGGAGUGAUAUGUGGAGACUGAAGAGGCAUUUGGUCAACACUUGCCUUUAUCCAAACAAAAAGAUAGAAGUUUUUGGAAUAAGGUAUAUAAAUUUAAUUGAUCUAUUAAUUGUAAUAUGAAUUGUAUUAUGUUUGCUUUUAUGGUCACUGUGCAAAAAAUGUCGUUUCUAGACUUAAGGUAUUUAAAAAUCAUUUCGAGUGAUUUAACUGUUUAAAUAUAUUUUUAGUGCGUAUUAUUUUAUGAAUUGCUUUACAAUUUAUUGAAAGGUAUAUAGAACUUUUAAUGCAGUACUGGAAUUUAUGACAAUGUCUUGAGUAUUGUCAACUGUAUUAUUAAAAAAUGAAGAAACUGCAUGUAUAUAUGUA